AUGGCCACAGUUCCACCGCCAGCCUACAACGUACCUUCAGCGAGUGGGCCUGUUGAAGAGCCCGACGUUCUACCUCCUGUCUACACGGUGCCAACCCAAUUUGCCAUUGGAUCGUCGCGAACGACGGUGCCGUUGGUCAACAUCCAGGAGAUCAAAGGACAUCUUCUACUUAAUGCAUUCGCCGAGUUGAAGAACCGCAUCCUGUCUGCUGACGUCCGAGCACCGAACGUCCCUCCUGAUGAAGAUCGCAAAUGGGGUUGGUUUGUGGCUUUAGCAGUGGAACGAUUCGACACCUGGUGCCGUGGAUUGCAGGCUGAUGACUCUGGAAAGGAUACGGAUAUCGUUCUACCACCGUUGGACGUUCUCAUGGUAUGGCACGCGUAUAUGUUGAAUCCGCGUUGGUAUGCAGAGGAUUGUCUCGAGAAGCCUCAAUGCAAGAUCUUGAAAGAAUUCGAACCUCAUUUCACAAACGGUCUUAAAGGACAAUUCCAAAGCUUGCUUUCGGCACCUCCUUCUAAAAUGACGACGAAGAGAGUCGUCUGUCCUUUCUGCAAAUGGCCUGUCGAAGUCGAGCUUAUGAAUCAUUUCGGCACAGGCUACUUGCAGCAGAGGUUCGCAGCGGUGUGCCCCAAGUAUUGUGGUAUCGGCGAUAUAACCAAGGAGACAAUGGCUCUUCGUAAGGUUGCGGACGACCUCGCAGCCAUACCACCAUCAUAUCUUCCUGGAACAAUAUUCAGUCCUACGUCUAGUUCUGAUCCUAUGACCGCGAAGAAGAUCAAGGAGAAAUUCAAGACCAAAAGCAAACCAUUUAGGCUCAUACUGAACCCCCCGUAUGGAAGUCCCACUCACCUCAAAGAUAUGUCGGAUUCCAUCAUGAGGUACACCAACUUUUCAAUGUCCAGGCUUAGAACGAUCAUGGGCCCAGUGUCACGAUUAAACUCCAAGAUCCUAAGUGCUUACAGUGAUGACAAGAUAUACUCAGUUGAGCUUGUCGGAGCAGUCCUCAGGCAAGGAUCGUUCGUCCAGAAGAUGUACGACCUCGGAUGGACGAAGCCUGGCUUCUUUGACGGAUCAAGCGACGAACUCGCGCUCCAGCACGCGCUGGCACGGUACCAUGCUUUCCUAGACCUGAUGGCCUCCUCUCCUGCCUCUUUCUUCGUGCCUACUCUCGACAUCGAUCUCGUUUGGCACACACAUCAGCUUAUGCCCUCAAAGUACGAGUCUGAUUGCAAAGCCUACAUCGGCCGGUUCAUCGACCACGACGACAAAGUCGAGGGGCUCCAUCUCUCCUCUGCCUUCGACAUUACCUGCUGCGCGUGGAAGGACCGCUUUGGCGUGUCCUACACGCACUGCGGAUGCCCCAUCCCUGGUGAUAGCAUCGGCAAGCGUCUCUCGCGGCUUGUGGGUAUUUAUGCUCCCAACACGCAGGCCCCGUCGCACCUCCUUCCUUAUGACCGCCCGGACCUGUUGAGUGCAACACACCCGAGCGACCAUAACGCCGUCCGAUUCACGGCGAAGAGCGAGACGAUGCACCGGAACAUGAGCGCACGGUACGAGAGCCUGAGGAGGAAGAAAGAGAAGGAGGCACGAAGCGCCGCGAAGAAGGCGUUGAAGCAGGAAGGCCAGGUCGCGCCGACGCUGAAUGCCCCGCACCUCCCUCGUGUCCCAGGAGGAAAUACCAAUGGUACUUCGAAUGCGAAAGACAAGAGAAACGAUAACUUCUACUGGUACGGUGCGGCAUUCUUAGUGCCAGUGCCCAUCUUCUUUGCUGCAGGAGCCGUGGGCGGAUGCAUUGCUGCUGGUGGAACACAUGUCACUGGCACUGGAGGCUGCGGUGGUGGGUGCGGAGGCGGAGGUGGUUGCAGAGGCGGCUGCGGAGGUGGUUGUGGAGGCAGCGCUGGAGAUGGCGGUGGUGGGUGCGGUGAUGGUGGUGGUGGUGGUGGAGACGGCGGUGGAGGUGGUGGCGACGGCGGAGGUUGA